AUGUCGGACACAUCACCAUCCACUCAACACAGCAUCUAUGCCUCUGGCAAUUUCGAGAUUGAAAAUAAAGUAUCCCCAAUCACCAUCGCUGGCUCUGGCCCUGAAUACAUUACCUAUGCUGUUUCAAUUGGGUGUAGAGGUGCUGACCGUGAUGCAAGAUUGCUGUACGAGAUCAGGGCCACCGGUCUCGCAGCCAACGAACAUAAACUCUACAAGGACCACACCUACUUCCUCCGUGGUCCUUUUUUCCCCACAAACCUACCUCAGACUGAAAGUGAUCAAUUUAUAUUCGAGGGUGCUGACGCUACAUUGAUAGCAUCACUUGAUAACUAUGAGGGAGAAUCCGUGGACUCGGUUGGUAUAUCUGGUCUCGGCAUUGUUAUCAACAUUGAACACAUCACCGAGAAAUGUUGUCAAUACCUCAAAAAAACCGGCCAGGAGGAUGAUCUACAAACAACAGUUGUUACUAUGCAACAUUCCGAAUUUAACCCCAUUCCGGUCACUGACUCGUUAUUUCAGAGUCAAAAAACGCACAUGAGCAAGGUAGAAUACCUAAUUCGGCCCACCCCAAAUCUUGCUCGCAUUGCUACUUAUUUGAAAACAGGACGUGAAUGCGCAAUACAUGGAUAUAUCAAAGACUUCAAUGUGGAAACGAGCUCCUAUGUCGUUGUAGCAAACAAAUUAUACAUGACAAGUGGUUAUCAAGAUUUAACAGCACCCACCAAAGCAAAAACUGUGGGAAAUGGUAUACCAUCAAAGAAGCCAGUCAAGUUUGUAUCAAGGGCGGUCUCCUCACCAUUUGUAUCGCCCAUUCCUACUUCGGGCUUUUCCCGGGCAGUUGUUUCUGGGUCUGGUGAAGGAUCCGAAUUGCAAGUGGAAUCUGGGUCCGGUUCCUCCCCCGCUUUGUCAUUACCGUCGACGUCUAGCAGUGUUCCAAAAGGCCCAAAGACCACUGGCCAACCACCAAAAAAGAGAGCCCUUGCUCCUCCAAAAGCCAAGGCCAAGAAGAGUGUCACUAUUGCUAAAUCACGAUGA